AUGGGUUUUGUGAAGAAGUGUAAAAGAGUAUGGAGAAGCAACAAUAGAUUGUAUCCAGAAGAAACUUGCGGUGGAAGCUAUGGCAAAUUAUCAUCAGACAAGAGCCACAAACAAAAGGAUAAUAUUAAGCAGAAGAAACCAGUAAAUGGUUGUGUCUGUGUCUAUGUUGGACCAGAGAGACAGAGAUUCAUAAUCAAAAUCAAAAUAUUCAAUCACCCUUUGUUCAAAACGCUUUUGGAAGGGGUUGAGAAUGAAUAUGGAUAUAGAAACGACGGUCCUCUAUGGCUUCCUUGUGAUGUUGAGUUUUUCUGUGAAACACUUGUGGAAAUUGAGAGUGCUGACGAGGAUGAUACCGGUUUCGUGGGUUGCAGCUUUCCAAUGGGUCACAGAAACAUAGCCUGGUUUCCAAUUCUAGCCUGA